UUGGUCGCUAGAUAGCUACGUUAGUAAAGAUCAAUCAAUUUAUCGCACACAUCGAUGAUCAUAUGACCCGGUUUUCACGGUAUAUGACCACGACCGUGUUCUCUUUUAUUACUUAUUGAACUGGAAAGGAAAGAUAAAGAAAAAUGAUGUCUGUGAAUCAAAUUGAGAUCAUAAAAAUAAACCAAUGGAUCGAAGAGAAUAAGAAGUUUUUUCUCCCACCUGUGUGCAACAAGAUGAUGCACAGUGAAGGGCAGAUGAAGUCUUUCUUUGUUGGUGGUCCAAAUGUCAGGAAAGAUUAUCACAUAGAAGAAGGAGAGGAGCUUUUCUACAUGAAGAAGGGGGAUAUGUGCCUUAAGGUUGUUGAGCAGAACAAACACAAAGAUAUUCACAUCAGAGAAGGAGAGAUCUUCCUAUUACCAAGCCGUAUUGCUCAUUCUCCUCAGAGGCAAGAGGACACGAUUGGCUUAGUGCUGGAGAGAGAACGUGCUGAGGAAGAGAAGGAUGGACUGAGGUACUAUGUGGAUGGCACCCUUGAGAGACUGUAUGAAGAAUGGUUUCAUUGCGUGGAUCUCGGUACACAGCUAGCCCCUGUCAUCAAACGAUACUUUGCGUCAGAGCAGCACAAGACUGGGAAGCCAAUUGAAGGAACUCUUCCAGAAAAUCCACCAGUUACCUUGGAUUCAGAGAUUAAACUUGAUGACCCGUUCCUGCUCCAAGAGUGGAUUGAAGACAACCGGGAGGAGAUUGAUUCCAAAGGUUCAAAAUCUCUGUUUGGAGAUGAUAAUCAAUUCAGUGUUGUGAUGUGGGGAGCUGGAUCUGAGUUGGGUGGUUGUGAGACGGCAGAGGUCUGGCUGUGGCAGCUGGAGGGAAAGUCAGACAUUGGUGUAGGUGAUGUCAAGGUUAAGAAGUAUGAACUCAACAAAGAUGAAUGUAUGCUGAUACCGAAAGGAACAACAUAUACAGCCACAAGGGAGAAGGGUUCUCUGUGUCUGGUGUGCUUCCAAGAUCCUAGACGCAAGAAACCGGUAGCAGCUAAGCCAUCAGGAGACCAGUGAAUCUCAUCUUCUACACAUUCCUAAAGCCCAGUGCAUCAGAUGCGACAUGAUUAUUAAUCGCAAUUUGUAUUAAAUAUUUAAGUUCCAACAUGUAAAAUUAUUUCAUUUGAAGUUUGGCAUAAUGUUAAGUUUAAUAAAAUCAUUAUUUUGCUUUGCGGCUAGCCCUGUGGUCAGAAAAAAAUAAAAAUUGACUUGAAGUCGCAGCCGAUGAUGACAUCAUUUGGAUGAUUUGGAUUUGAAUUUGCUUUUAUUCCUCCAGGGAGGCUAAAACUGGACUGAAUUUUGAUUUCAGUAGUCAUACCACUAUUCUGAACUAUUCUGAUCGCUAAGAUUUUGUUGGUUAGAAUGUUCAUAUCAAAUGUUAUUUGAAAUUGGGAUCGCAACGAAUCACAUAGUGUGUGCUGGGCUUAAUGGCUGAGCUGCAUAGAGAGGAAUUGAAAUAUACUGCUACACAAAGGAAAAUUUUGUUUUCGUUGUAAGUUUUAUAGUUCUAUUAUGUAAAAAAAAAUUAUACCUUAAAGGUAUUGAUGAAUUGCAAAUAUAUUGCACUAAUAGAGUUAAACAAGUUUCACCUUAGUAUAUUGAUUUUUCUUAGAGGUAGAAAAAAAAAAGAUAUGAGAUAUCUUUAUCAUGUUUCUUUCAAGAAUAGACAUUGCUUUGACAAUUUAGAGGAAGGAUUGAUUUUUGCUGCUGGAUAUGGGAAAUGUAUAUAUAUAUAUAUAUAUAUAUGUUAUUCAAG